AUGGCCGUCCAUCUUUCCACGUCAGCAGUAGCGCUGGCACCACCUCCCUCCUCCGCCACUUCCUCCCCCUUCACGCGCACCCCCGCAUCCGUUCCGCAGAAUCCCGCUCCGCUUCCCCGCUUACCCGCGCGUUCCCCGCAUCCGUUCGACAAGAUCGCCGCUCUCCGCCGCUGCCGGUCGUUCUCCUUCCCCGCGCCUGCUUCCGCGCCUCCCUCCCACGCUCCCAACCGCUGUUCCGCCGCGCAUGGAUCGGGGGAAGGCGGACCAGGGGAGAUUGAGCCGGGGAUACAGAGAGCGGAAGGGGAGCAACAGGGAGAGGAAUGGCGGUCACCAAGCGGGGAAGAUAGACCCGCCGAAGCUGCUGACCUUUCCCUGCCACGUGAUGGGGGAGUGCGGAGAAUGCCUGAAGGUGGAGUGCACGUGAGAAACACAGCACGCGAGGGAGGAGUGCACGUGAGAAGCACAGCACGCGAAGCCGGAGCUGCUGAGAAUUCCCUGCCACGUGAUGGGGGAGUGCGGAGAAUGCCUGAAGGUGGAGCAUGCGUGGGAAACGCAGCACGCGAGGAAUUGACGCGUGAGAAUGCCUGGACUGGCAAGUCCGUGCUGCAGGCUGUGUGCAGUGCGGUGCUGAGCGGGGGGGGAGCAGCCCCAGCGUUUCCUUCACUGGAGCAGCUACUAGCAGAGCAGCUGGCACAGAGGUUUCGUGUGAUGUCAGUCGGUGAGCUGGUGGGGUUCUUCCAACAGCUGCUCUCUGCUUCAAGACGAGUUCCGUGUGAUGUCAGACGGUUUUGUGUGAUGUCGGAUGGUGAGCUGGUGGGGUUCUUCCAACAGCUGCUCACUGCCGCACGCCACACAGGGAUGGAGGGCGGGCAACAAUCUGAACCACACCCAUUCCUCCUUCUCCCUUCUCACUUACGCCUGUGCAGGUUUCGUGCGAUGUCAGACGGUGAGCUGGUGGGGUUCUUCCAGCAGCUCCUCUCUGCCGCACGCCACACAGGGGUGGAGGGCGGGCAGCAGCAAAGCGGGCAGCAAAUCGGGCAGCAGGGCGGGCAGCAGCAAAGCGGGCAGCAGGAGGCAGAACGUGUCGAAGCGUUUUCCCAAGGGGAGCAGCAAGAGCCAGCCACUUUGGAUGCACUGCCCUUGUCCCGACAGCCUGCCUUUGGGGAAAGGCUUUCUCUGGAUGCAUGGGCGGCAGCAGCAGUGGAGAGGCUACAGGGGGAUCCCACUGUCCAGGCGCUUAUGGGGGGACGGAAUGGGAGGGGGGAGGAAGGGGCUGAGAUGGUAGCGGAGGGGAAUGAGAGCACAGAGGAAGGGUUAGGAAGUGGCGGAGUGGGCUCAAGCCAAGAGGGGGAGAGGCCACAAGGGGAUGCUACUGUUCAAGCACGCAUGGAGGGUCAGAUUGGGAUAGGGGAAGACAGGGAUGGGAGGGGAGACGAUGGGAUGUUGAACGGGAUUGAGAACCAAGGUGUGCAGUUUUUCUCUGCGGUUCAGGGUCAGAUGGAACGGUUCCAGGUUCAAAUAGAGCGGUUGCAGCAGCAGAUAGAGCGGUUUCAGCAGCAGGACACCCCGCUUGGGAUAAAAGCAGGGAAGGUGGUUGCAGCAGCGGCGGCUGUGGGGUUUACAGCAGCAGCUGGGGUGGUGGCUUUAAGGGUUCCUGAUGGGUGGGAGGAGGAGAUGGGGGACGGGAGUUGGAAGAGGGAGAAAGAAGUUGUUGAGAAAGGGGGGAGUUGGAUGGUUGGGAGUGGGAGUGCAGGGAAGGGUGAUGAGGUGGGGAGGGAGGGGAGGGAGGGGAGGGAGGGGGGGGAUGGAAGAGAAGAAAAGAAGGAGGAUAAGGACGAGAAGCUGUUGCUGCAGCAGAAGCAAGAGGAAGAGCAAAGGCAGGAGCAGCGAAAGGAGAAGGAGAAGGAGCAGGAGGAGCAGGAUAAGGGGCAGGAGCAGGAGCGGAGAGGGGAAGGUGGGAGUGAGAGAGGGGCAGCAGUUAGGGGAGCAGAGGUGGGGGUUAUUGUGUACACAGAGGAGAGUAGUGUUACAGGGGGCAGGAGGAAGGGCGCAAGAGGGGAGUUGGAAGGGAGUGAAGGGGCUGGUGAGCGGUGGAGAGGGGUGCGGAGGAGGAGGUGGGUGGGGUUGUUGGGUGGGGAUGAGGAGGACGAGGAGGGAGGACGGGAGGGGAGAGGGGUGGCAAGGGGGUAUGAUGAUCACUUAUCCGAGGGAGAGGAGGAGGGCUCGGCAGGAGGCGUUGCAGGGAAGAAUACGGCAGAGGAUGCAGCAGCCAAAGCAACGGGAACAGACUCUGCAGCAGCAUAUGAUGCCCUCACUCUUCCGCCCAGUGGCUCUGAACCGGACAGUGUGACUUCUAAGGCGCCUCAAGAAGCAGCACCUAGUGCCCUGGCUCUUCCAUCUAGUGAUUCUGACACUACCCUAGCUCUUCCGCCCAGUGGUUCUGAGUCAUCCAGUGCGGUUGCUGGUCCUUGGACUGAUUUGGUGGUGCUGGAAACGACACACAAGGGGAAGGGCGAGGGCGAGGGGUCUACAUCUGCUCGUGUGCAGGAGGAUGGAGGGAAGGGCGAGGGAGAGGGGGAAAGAAAGGGAGACGGUGAGGGUGAAGGGAGGGGAGAGGGUGAGGGAGAAGGGAGAGGAGAGGGUGACGGUGAAGGGAGUGGAGUGGGUGAGGGAGAAGGGAGGGUAGAGGGUGAGGGAGAUGGUAAGGGAUUGGUUAAGGGAGAAGAAUCAGGGGGGAAAGGUGUGUCAGAUGAUGGGAGAGGGUUGAAUGAAGGGGGCAGUGUGGAAGGGCGCCAUGCUGCUGCCGCUGCCUUUCUAUCGAAAACACUUGCUGGUGAUUCAUCUGCUACCCCGUCGCCUGCUACCAUUCCAACUGGGGCUGAGAGAGAGAAAAUGGCAAGCCGCUCAAUCGCCCCUGCUGCUGAUGCGCCUCCUCCACCUGCUGCCAAUUUCAAAGGGGACAAGGGAGAGCGCGUGACACACACCUCAAUCGCCCCUGCUGCUCAUGCUUCCCAUGCUGCCGCUGCUGCCCCUACAGCCUCUGCCGCCCCUGCUGCUCAUACUCCUCUGUCAGUAAGAGAAUCGCCACAACCCAUAGAAGCAGGAGAGAGGGCUGUGGUAGGAAACAGGGCUGUAUCAAGAGAGGAGGCUGUGGCCGAAAGCAGGGCAGUAUCAGGAGAAAAGACAGCAGCAGAAGGCAGGGCUGCAGUAAGGGAGAAGGCUGUAGCGAAAGAUAGGGUAGUAGCAGGAGAGAGGGCUGUGGUAGGAAACAGGGCUGUAUCAAGAGAGGAGGUAGUGGCAGAAAGCAGGGCAGUUUCAGGAGAAAGGACAGCAGCAGAAGGCCGGGCUGUAGUAGGGGAGAUGGCAGUGGUAAAAGAUAGGGUUGAAGCAGGGGAGAGGACUGUAGCGGAAGGUAGGGCUAUAGCAGGAGAGAGGGCUGUAGCAGGAGGAAGGGCAGCAACAGGAAGGGAGGUGCCGGAUUCAGCAAUGGACACUAGUAUGGACCGAGUAUUCAGAAGAAACGGGCGGUGGGAGGUGGAGCCUUCUGGGGGAGGUAGAACUGGAUGGUUGGAUGCAGGGGAGGAUGUGGGAGAGGCGAAACCUCGGGAGGAAGUGGAGGGGUAUGGAUGGGAGAGGGGGAGGAGAGGCAGGGAGGCUCGAUGGAAGGUGGGGGGAGAGAUGAGGGAGGUGAGAGAGGGGAAGAUCAGCCGUCGUCUUAUAACCGAUCAACCGGCAAAGACCAUGUCAGCCGUUACGAUGCAGACGGCAGCGGCUGUGAAGCCGUCAGCCUUCGUGGGUAGCACGAGCCUGAAGGCGAGCCAGCACAAGAGACUACAGAUGGCCGCGCCCAGCCGCGCAUCCGCUGCCGUCGUGCGCUGCAGCGCCGUCCGCUCGGAGCGCCUUUGGACCCCGAAUUCCGCCGCAAACAGCGGCGAUAUCUGGUCCAUCAAGAAUGACUUGGAAGUGCCGCAGAGUCUGUUCAUGGGCGCACCGGAGGUGAUGGCGGGGCAGGGAGCGCCGUCCCCCAUGCUGCAGGAGCGCUUCCAGUCGGUCAUCUCCCAGCUCUUUCAAAACCGCAUCAUCCGGUGCGGCGGCGCGGUGGACGAUGACAUGGCGAACCUCAUCGUGGCGCAGCUGCUCUACCUCGAUGCCGUUGAUCCCACCAAGGACAUCAUCAUGUACGUCAACUCGCCUGGUGGCUCCGUGACUGCUGGCAUGGCAAUCUUUGACACCAUGCGCCACAUCCGGCCUGACGUCAGCACCGUGUGUGUCGGCCUUGCUGCCAGUAUGGGAGCCUUCCUCCUGUCAGCUGGAACAAAAGGCAAGCGCUACAGCCUGCCCAACAGCCGUAUUAUGAUCCAUCAGCCGCUGGGAGGAGCGCAGGGACAGCAGACAGACAUUGAGAUUCAGGCUAACGAGAUUCUGCACCACAAGGCAAACCUCAACGGCUACCUGGCGUACCACACCGGUCAAUCCUAUGACCAGAUCGUCCAGGAUACGGAUCGCGAUUUCUUCAUGAGUGCAACUGAGGCCAAGGAGUAUGGCUUGAUUGAUGCGGUUAUCACCAACCCCCUCAAGGCCCUCAAUGCUGCCCCAGUUGCCGCAUAA